CGCGCCCCCAGCCCGAUCGGCACCGCCACUCGCCUGAGCGCCCGGGCGGCCCGAGCGCGCCCAGAGCUGGGGCGCCGCCGCUGCCACCUCCGCGAGGUGCCUGUGGCGGGGCGGCCCGCGAGCAGAUGACCGGGACUCGCUCCUGAUCCUCGGUGGCCGUUAAGAGGGAGCCCCGGACCCCCACCGCCAUGUCGGGAUCCACGCAGCCCGUUGCUCAGACGUGGAGGACCACCGAGCCCCGCUACCCGCCACACGGCAUUUCCUACCCGGUGCAGAUCGCUCGGCCCCACACGGACGUCGGGCUGCUCGAGUACCAGCACCACCCCCGCGACUACGCUGCCCACCUGUCGCCCGGCUCCAUCAUCCAGCCCCAGAGGCGGCGGCCGUCCCUGCUGUCCGAGUUCCAGCCAGGGAAUGAACGGUCCCAGGAGCUGCACCUGCGAGCCGAGCCCCACGCGUACCUGCCUGAGCUGGGCAAGGCGGAGAUGGAGUUCAUUGAGAGCAAGCGGCCCCGGCUGGAGCUGCUGCCGGACCCCCUGCUGCGGCCGUCCCCGCUGCUGGCCGCGGGCCAGCCCGGCGGGUCCGAGGACCUCACCAAGGACCGCGGCCUGGCGGGCAAGCUGGAGCCCGUGUCGCCCCCCAGCCCCCCGCACGCGGACGCCGAGCUGGAGCUGGUGCCGCCGCGGCUGUCCAAGGAGGAGCUGAUCCAGAACAUGGACCGCGUGGACCGCGAGAUCACCAUGGUGGAGCAGCAGAUCUCCAAGCUCAAGAAGAAGCAGCAACAGCUGGAGGAGGAGGCCGCCAAGCCGCCCGAGCCCGAGAAGCCGGUGUCGCCGCCGCCCAUCGAGUCCAAGCACCGCAGCCUGGUGCAGAUCAUCUACGACGAGAACCGGAAGAAGGCCGAGGCCGCACACCGCAUUCUGGAAGGCCUGGGGCCCCAGGUGGAGCUGCCGCUGUACAACCAGCCCUCCGACACCCGGCAGUACCAUGAGAACAUCAAAAUAAACCAGGCGAUGCGGAAGAAGCUGAUCCUGUACUUCAAGAGGAGGAACCACGCCCGAAAGCAAUGGGAGCAGAAGUUCUGCCAGCGCUAUGACCAGCUCAUGGAGGCCUGGGAGAAGAAGGUGGAGCGCAUCGAGAACAACCCGCGGCGCCGGGCCAAGGAGAGCAAGGUGCGCGAGUACUACGAGAAGCAGUUCCCCGAGAUCCGCAAGCAGCGCGAGCUGCAGGAGCGCAUGCAGAGCAGGGUGGGGCAGCGCGGCAGCGGCCUCUCCAUGCCGGCCGCCCGCAGCGAGCACGAGGUGUCCGAGAUCAUUGACGGCCUCUCCGAGCAGGAGAACCUGGAGAAGCAGAUGAGGCAGCUGGCCGUGAUCCCACCGAUGCUGUACGACGCCGACCAGCAGCGCAUCAAGUUCAUCAACAUGAACGGGCUCAUGGACGACCCCAUGAAGGUGUACAAGGACCGCCAGGUCAUGAACAUGUGGAGCGAGCAGGAGAAGGAGACCUUCCGCGAGAAGUUCAUGCAGCAUCCCAAGAACUUCGGCCUGAUUGCCUCUUUCCUGGAGCGGAAGACGGUGGCCGAGUGUGUGCUCUACUACUACCUGACCAAGAAGAACGAGAACUACAAGAGCCUGGUGAGGCGGAGCUACCGGCGCCGGGGCAAGAGCCAGCAGCAGCAGCAGCAGCAGCAGCAGCAGCAGCAGCAGCAGCAGCAGCAGAUGCCCCGGAGCAGCCAGGAGGAGAAGGAUGAGAAAGAGAAGGAGGGGGAGAAGGAGGAGGAGAAGCCGGAGGUGGAGAACGACAAGGAGGAGCUGAGCAAGGAGAAGACGGACGACACCUCGGGGGAGGACAACGACGAGAAGGAGGCCGUGGCCUCCAAAGGCCGCAAAACCGCCAACAGCCAGGGCCGGCGCAAAGGCCGCAUCACCCGCUCCAUGGCCAACGAGGCCAACAGCGAGGAGGCCGUCACCCCUCAGCAGAGCGCCGAGCUGGCCUCCAUGGAGAUGAACGAGAGCUCCCGCUGGACGGAGGAGGAGAUGGAGACGGCCAAGAAAGGCCUCCUGGAGCACGGCCGGAACUGGUCGGCCAUCGCCCGGAUGGUGGGCUCCAAGACGGUAUCCCAGUGUAAGAACUUCUACUUCAACUACAAGAAGCGGCAGAACCUGGACGAGAUCCUGCAGCAGCACAAGCUGCGCAUGGAGAAGGAGAGGAACGCGCGCAGGAAGAAGAAGAAGGCGCCCGCGGCGGCCAGCGAGGAGGCGGCCUUCCCACCCGCGGCGGAGGACGAGGAGAUGGAGGCGUCCGGCGGCAGCGGCAACGAGGAGGAGAUGGCGGAGGAGGCGGAAGCCUUACACGCCUCUGGGAAUGAGGUGCCCAGAGGGGAAUGCAGUGGCCCAGCCCCCGUCAACAACAGCUCCGACACGGAGAGCGUCCCCUCCCCGCGUGCCGAGGCCGCCAAGGACACAGGGCAGAACGGGCCCAAGCCGCCGCCCGCCCCGGGCACCGCCGAGGGGCCGCCCCCCGAGCCGCCCACCCCUCCGCCCGAGGACGCCCCGGCCCCCGCCGAGCCCGCCCCAGCGCCCGAGGCCGCCGGCCCGCCCACGCCCCCGCCGGGCCCCGUGUCUCCCUCCGCGCCCCUGUCCGUGGUCCCCAAGGAGGAAAAGGAGGACGAGGCCCCGGCGCCCGCGCAGGAGGACGGGGACGAGCAGAAGCCGCCCGCGGCCACAGAGCCGGCGGCGGAGCCGGUGAAGGCGGAGGAGCCAGGGGCGGCGGUGCCCCAGGAGCCCGUGAAGAGCGAGUGCAAGGAGGAGCCCGACGCCGGCCCGGACGCGGGCAGGGGCGCCGACGCCACCGCGGAGGCUGCGCCUGACGGCGCGCUCAAGGUGGAGAAGAAGGAGGGCGCCAGCGGCAGGGCCCCCGCGGCCAAGGGCUCAGGUGCCCCCCAGGACAGCGACUCGAGCGCCACCUGCAGCGCCGACGAGGCGGACGAGCCCGAGGGCGGCGACAAGAACAGGCUGCUGUCCCCGAGGCCCAGCCUCCUCACGCCCGCCGGAGACCCCAGGGCCAACACCUCCCCCCAGAAGCCGCUGGACCUGAAGCAGCUGAAGCAGCGGGCGGCCGCCAUCCCCCCCAUCCAGGUCACCAAAGUCCACGAGCCUCCCUGGGAGGAUGCAGCUCCCCCUAAGCCGGCCCCCCCUGCCCCACCGCCAGCGCAGCACCUGCAGCCGGAAGGUGACGCCCCCCAGCAGCCCAGCAGCAGCCCCCGGGGCAAGAGCAGGAGCCCCGCGCCGCCCGCCGAGAAGGAGGCAGACAAGCCCGCGUUUUUCCCGGCCUUCACCGCCGACGCCCAGAAGCUGCCGGGGGAGCCGCCGUGCUGGGCCUCGGGCCUGCCCUUCCCGCUGCCCCCCCGCGAGGUGAUCAAGGCCUCCCCGCAUGCCCCGGACCCCUCCGCCUUCGCCUAUGCGCCGCCUGGUCACCCGCUGCCCCUGGGCCUCCACGACGGCGCCCGGCCCGUGCUGCCGCGCCCGCCCGCCAUCUCCAACCCGCCACCCCUCAUCUCCUCCGCCAAGCACCCCAGUGUCCUCGAGAGGCACGUGGGUGCCAUCUCCCAGGGCAUGUCGGUCCAGCUGCACGUCCCGUACUCGGAGCACGCCAAGGCCCCUGUGGGCCCCAUCACCAUGGGGCUGCCCCUGGCCAUGGACCCCAAGAAGCUGGCACCCUUCAGCGGAGUGAAGCAGGAGCAGCUGUCCCCCCGGGGCCAGGCCGGGCCGCCGGAGAGCCUGGGGGUGCCCACGGCCCAGGAGACGUCCGUGCUGAGAGGGACGGCUCUGGGCACGGUCCCUGGCGGGAGCAUCACCAAAGGCACGCCCAGCACGCGGGCGCCGCCCGAGAGCCCCAUCACCUACCGCGGCUCCAUCACCCACGGCACUCCGGCCGACGUGCUGUACAAGGGCACCAUCACCCGGAUCGUUGGCGAGGACAGCCCCAGCCGCCUGGAGCGCGGCCGGGAGGACGGCCUGCCCAAGGGCCACGUCAUCUACGAGGGCAAGAAGGGCCACGUCCUGUCCUACGAGGGUGGUGUGUCCGUGGCCCAGUGCGCCAAGGAGGACGGCAGGAGCAGCGCGGGGCCCGCCCACGAGACCGCGGCACCCAAGCGCACCUACGACAUGAUGGAGGGCCGCGUCGGCAGGGCCGUGUCCUCCGCCAGCAUCGAAGGUCUCAUGGGCCGCGCCAUCCCGCCCGAGCGGCACAGCCCGCACCACCUCAAGGAGCAGCACCACAUCCGCGGCUCCAUCACGCAAGGGAUCCCGCGGUCCUACGUGGAGGCCCAGGAGGACUACCUGCGCCGGGAGGCCAAGCUGCUGAAGCGGGAGGGCACGCCCCCGCCCCCGCCCCCGCGGGAGCUGGCCGAGGCCUACAAGGCGCUGGGCCCGCUGAAGCUGAAGCCGGCCCACGAGGGGCUGGUGGCCACGGUGAAGGAGGCGGGCCGCUCCAUCCACGAGAUCCCGCGCGAGGAGCUGCGCCGCACGCCUGAGCUGCCCCUGGCGCCGCGGCCGCUCAAGGAGGGCUCCAUCACCCAGGGCACCCCGCUCAAGUUCGACGCCGGGGCGGCCCCCGCGGGCGCCAAGAAGCACGACGUGCGCUCCAUCAUCGGCAGCCCCGGCCGCGCCUUCCCCGCGGCGCACCCGCUGGAGGUGCUGGCUGACGCCCGGGCGCUGGAGCGCGCCUGCUACGAGGAGACGCUGAAGGGCCGGCCGGGGGCCGCUGGCGCUGCGGGGGGCGCCAUCGCACGCGGGGCCCCAGUCAUCGUGCCCGAGCUGGGCAAGCCGCGCCAGAGCCCCCUGGCCUACGAGGACCAUGCGGCGCCCUUCGCCGGCCACCUGCCCCGCGGCUCGCCCGUGACCACGCGGGAGCCCACACCGCGCCUGCAGGAGGGCAGCCUCGCGUCCAGCAAGGCGUCCCAGGACCGGAAGCUGACAUCCACGCCCCGGGAGGUCGCCAAGUCCCCGCACAGCGCCAUGCCCGAGCACCACCCGCACCCCAUCUCGCCCUACGAGCACCUGCUGCGGGGCGUGAGCGGCGUGGACCUGUACCGCGGCCACAUCCCGCUGGCCUUCGACCCCACCUCCAUUCCCCGCGGGAUCCCGCUGGACGCAGCUGCUGCCUAUUACCUGCCGCGGCACCUGGCGCCCAACCCCACCUACCCGCACCUGUACCCGCCGUACCUCAUCCGCGGCUACCCCGACACGGCGGCGCUGGAGAACCGGCAGACCAUCAUCAACGACUACAUCACCUCGCAGCAGAUGCACCACAACGCCGCCACCGCCAUGGCCCAGCGCGCCGACAUGCUGCGGGGCCUGUCGCCCCGCGAGUCCGCGCUGGCGCUCAACUACGCCGCCGGCCCUCGAGGCAUCAUCGACCUGUCCCAAGUGCCACACCUGCCCGUGCUGGUGCCGCCCACGCCGGGCACGCCGGCCACCGCCAUGGACCGCCUCGCCUACCUCCCCACCGCGCCCCAGCCCUUCAGCAGCCGCCCCAGCAGCUCCCCGCUGUCCCCAGGAGGCCCCUCGCACCUGGCAAAGCCGACGCCCGCGUCCGAGCGUGAGCGCGAGCGGGAGAAGUCCAUCCUCACGCCCACCGCCACGGUGGAGCACGCGCCCAUCUGGAGACCCGGAACCGAGCCCAGCGGCGGGGGAGGGGGCAGUGGCCGCCCCGCCGCCCACGCGCACCAGCACUCGCCCGUGUCCCCCCGGACCCAGGACGCGCUCCAGCAGCGGCCCAGCGUGCUGCACAACGCGGGCCUCAAGGGCGUCGUCACCUCUGUGGAGCCCGGCACGCCCACGGUGCUGAGGUGGGCCAGGUCCACCUCCACCUCCUCGCCCGUCCGCCCGGCCGCCACCUUCCCGCCCGCCACCCACUGCCCGCUGGGCAGCACGCUGGACGGGGUCUACCCCACGCUCAUGGAGCCCGUCUUGCUGCCCAAGGACGCCUCCCGCGUCUCCCGGCCCGAGCGGACCCGCGGGGACGCCGGCCACGCCUUCCUUGCCAAGCCCCCCGCCCGCUCCGGGCUGGAGCCCGCCUCCUCCCCCAGCAAGGGCUGUGAACCCCGGCCCCUCGCGCCCCCCGGCUCCGGCCACUCGGCCAUCGCCCGCGCCCCGGCCAAGAGCCUCGCGCCGCGCCACGCCAGCCCGGACCAGCCAGCGCUGCCCGCCUCGGCUUCCGACCCGCAGCGGGAAAAGACUCAGAGUAAACCCUUUUCCACCCCGGAGCUGGAGCUCCGGUCUCUGGGUAAGACCACCCUGACGGCAGCCGCCUUCAUAGACGCGGUAAUCACGCGUCAAAUCGCUCGCGGUAACGGGGCGCGAGAAGGCGGCUCGCCGGCCAGCGGCUCCCCUCGAGAUGGUUACCAUGGCAGCAGCUACAGCCCCGACGGGGUGGAGCCCGUCAGCCCCGUGAGCUCGCCCAGCCUCAGCCACGACAGGGGGCUGCCCAAGCACCUGGAGGAGCUGGACAAGGGCCACCCCGAAGCGGAGCUGCGGCCCAAGCAGCCAGGCGCCGUGAAGCUGGGCAGCGAGGCCACGCACCUCCCCACCCUGCGGCCACUGCCCGAGAGCCAGCCCGCGUCCAGCCCGCUGCUGCAGACCGCCCCGGGGGUCAAAGGUCACCAGCGGGUGGUCACCCUGGCACAGCACAUCAGUGAGGUCAUCACACAAGACUACACGCGGCACCACCCGCAGCAGCUGCCCCCGCACGGCCCCGCGCCCCUCUACUCCUUCCCCGGGGCCAGCUGCCCCGUCCUGGACCUGCGCCGCCCGCCCAGCGAGCUCUACCUCCCGCCCCCGGCCCGCGGCUCCCCCCACAGCGAAGCGGGCAAGAGGUCUCCAGAGCCCAGCAAGACGUCGGUCCUGGCUGGGGGCGAGGAUGGCAUCGAACCUGUGUCCCCGCCAGAGGGCUUGGCAGAGCCGGGCCACCCCCGGAGUGCCGUGUACCCGCUGCUGUACCGGGACGGGGAGCCGGCAGAGCCCAGGAUGGGCUCCAAGUCUCCAGGCAACACCGGCCAGCCGCCAGCCUUCUUCAGCAAGCUGACGGAGAGUAACUCCGCCAUGGUCAAGUCCAAGAAGCAGGAGAUCAACAAGAAACUGAACACCCACAACCGGAACGAGCCGGAAUACAAUGUCGGCCAGCCCGGAACGGAGAUCUUCAACAUGCCGGCCAUCACCGGAGCAGGCCUCAUGACCUGUAGGAGCCAGGCGGUGCAGGAGCAUGCCAGCACCAACAUGGGGCUGGAGGCCAUUAUUAGAAAGGCACUCAUGGGUAAAUAUGACCACUGGGAAGAGCCCCCGCCGCUCAGCGCCCAUGCUUUUAACCCUCUGACUGCCAGUGCCAGCCUGCCCGCUGCUAUGCCCAUAACCGCUGCUGACGGACGGAGCGACCACGCGCUCACCUCGCCAGGCAGCGGCGGGAAGACCAAGGUCUCCGGCAGACCCAGCAGCCGGAAAGCCAAGUCCCCGGCCCCGGGCCUGGCGUCGGGGGACCGGCCGCCCUCCGUGUCCUCGGUGCACUCGGAGGGGGACUGCAACCGCCGCACACCGCUCGCCAACCGCGUGUGGGAGGACCGGCCCUCAUCCGCAGGUUCCACGCCGUUCCCCUACAACCCCCUGAUCAUGCGGCUCCAGGCGGGCGUCAUGGCCUCCCCGCCCCCGCCGGGCCUCGCAGCAGGCAGCGGCCCCCUGGCCGGCCCCCACCACGCCUGGGACGAGGAGCCCAAGCCACUGCUCUGCUCACAGUACGAGACGCUGUCCGACAGCGAGUGACUCAGAACGGGCUGGGGUGGCGCCAGGCGCCGGCGAGUGGCAGGAGCAGCCCGGGGAGGAGUGGGGCGGCCGCCAACUCCAGGAAGGAGCCCCCCAGGAAGGAGCCCCCAAGUCCGCCCGCGCGUCUGCCCGCCCGCCCGUCCGUCCGUCCAGAGCCGGCAUCCUUGCCUGUUUAAAGCCUUAACUAAGACUCCCGCCCCGGCUGGCCCUGUGCAGUGACCUUACUCAGGGGAUGUUUACCUGGUGCUGGGGGGGGGCGGGAUGGGGCGCGUGGCAGCCACACGCAGGUGGCCGGGGCGCCAGGGACCCGGAGCAGGACGACGCGCGCCUCCACGCCACCGCCUCCCCAUAAUGCAUCUGGAACCAAAGUCUGAACUGAGCUCGCAGCCCCCGCACCCCCCCCGCCUCCCGUCCCGCUUAGCGCUCUGGACAGACGGACGCGGGCGAGCUUGCUCCGGCCUCCGAGAACGCCGGGGCCGCGUCGGGCCAGCCGGGUGGACCGCGGGGCCGGCGCGGCCUGGGGCGAGCGGUGCCUGGAGGAACCGGACUGGUUUGGGGCGGCGGCGGGAAGGCAGGCGGUGUACAUGAUGUAUUGGUUUACAGGGUAUAUUUUUGAUACCUUCGAUGAAUUAGCUCAGAGGUUUUACGCGAGGAAGGACUGGACCCAGUGUCGCUGCUGCUGUGUCUGGCUCGGCCCGCCGCCGCGAGGCGUGCGCGGGCAGUGGGCGACCCCGGUGUUUGCAGGACCAAGGGGUGGGGGCCCCUCCGCGCCCUCCUCCCUCCCUCCCUCCCUCGGGCAGAGUGGACUCGACGCAUUUUCUGUGGCCGCCGUCCGUGCGGGGCUGUGGUGUUCUGUCAUUUACACACGUCGUUCUGAUUAAAGCGAAUUGUACUCGA